AUGAUGGAGCAGUACUUGCUCCGAGUGCCCAAGAAAGUUGCCGUCGACCUACGCAAGAAGAUGGCCGAAAAGGAAGUUCGCGGCGUCGAUGUUGUGGCAGGAGCUGACAACCGCAACUUCAAAUUCCGCAUCGACGACACUGAGCUGCCUGCGACGCUGUGUCAGUUGCCAUGCAUCGUUGAAACCCACAAAACGUAUGACGAAAAGCUCUUUUACAAGAGCGGCGACAUUGGCCAAAUCCUGCUCGUCCACGACACCCCCGAGGAGCAAAUGCUGUAUGAGACGGUGACCGAAUUGCCGGGCGGCAUCACCCCGCCCACGACGAACAUUGUCAAGCGCAAGUAUGCCAAGACACGAAAGAAUCCCAUCUUUCCGAAGAACGAUGUCGCGCGCGUUGAGGAUAUGCUGGUCAAGAUUAUAGCUGGAGGGAUCAUCGAGGACGUUCAGGAAGAGCUGGUGGACUUUCACGACUGGAUGGUGGACGACGAACACCCCAACGGAAUUGUCGUGCACGAUGAGAUGGACUUUAUCCAGCGCCACCCCGAGGUCGCGGACUUCAGCAGUGGUUGCCGGACGCUGCGCGAGCCGGAACACAUCACUCCUCGUUCGAAGUUUUGGUGCGACCCGCUGCCGCGUGAGAGCCAAGCGUGGCAUUAG